GCUCUACUCCAUAAUUGCCUUUGGAGGCUUAGUUAAGCAGAAUUUUCCAAGCAAAAUUUUCGCAACGUGGUUGGCUAUGACACACGACAACCGCUAACAGAAGGACUACUCGGAGUGUUGCCAUCGCUGACACACAAGAAUCCCCUAACGUUAAGCAUACACGGAAUGUCGUGGCAGGGCGUGAGCACAGCCUCAAUUGAUUGGCUCCUGCGCCUAAACUCUGGCCUCAAACAUCUCCCAUCAACCCCCCUGUGACUUGAAUGUUUUCAAAGCAAUCAUGCAACAAGGCGUGGUUUUCUUACGUCGAUGUCUUUGAGAUCCUGGAAUGGUGUCAUAUUGACAUGUUUUGAGUCCAUUGAUUGAGAAAUUUUCGUACAAGGUAAACAGUAUAUAUACCCCCUUGAUGCUGUCCUCUGUAUCAUGAGUUCCCCAUUCCAGCAUCAGUACUACCAUACAAGCAAAAGCAAAUCAUUGCAUACUACUACCAAUCAGAUAACUCUACCAUUCAAUCAAUCAACCAAACAAACCCAACACCCCUCAACCAUCAACAUGAUCUACUCAGGAUACUACAACCUCAAGAGGGCUCAGAUUGACGCCGAAAAGUCAGCGCAAUCAUCCCGGCGCGCAUCCUCCGCGUCCGCAGACUCUCACUUCACCCCCACUGAGAGCAAGACCAAGAAGUUCUUCAAGAAGGCUCUCGAGCAACUCAAGCCCUUGCCAGCCGACCAAAUCCAGGAGCCUGACACCUUCUAUGGCCCCAUCAUCCGAAAGGGACCCCUCUUCGUGCACCACUAGAUCUACGCUUCUCAUCGACACUAGUCUUUGACGAUGACAUGGUCAGACACGAAUCUUUUUUCUAUACUGCGAUCAGCACUUCCAACAAUAAUCAGCGAACUUGAAUUCACAUCAUUCGGCAUUGCGUGGAGAAAUGGAAAUCACGACACUCGCCUGUAGAGGCUCGAGAGAUACCUAUAUAUAGCGAUUUUAUUGAAGUAUUUAUAUGAAAACCUAAUACAUGAUAAUAUUCUGUUGAA